CUGUGGAAGCGCAGCCUUCGUUCUGGUGUGAGAGUGUAAAUAAAGCUGACGUUAGCAGGUUAGCUUAGCGGAUAUUGUAGUGUUGAUGACUACAUAUUUAUCUUCAGUUAAGAUAAAAACAAACUCAAAAUGGUGUGGUGUGAGCUCAGCUGACAGUGGCGAUAAGAGUGAGUAGUUGUAGAUUCUGUGGAUUUUGCUCCGUCACAGCAGCUAUGGCGGAGGCUGCCAGAUUGAGUAGUAAUGGGACGGCCCAACGGGGCCCCUACAUUAGUGUGAUAACGAACCGCACAACUAACCUGCUGAUCCGCGGUGCCAUGCUGUUUGGUGUGGGUGUGUUUCUAGCAUUGGUACUAAACCUGCUGCAGGUGCAGCGUAACGUCACCCUCUUCCCUCCUGACGUCAUCAGUAGCAUCUUCUCUUCAGCAUGGUGGGUCCCGCCCUGCUGUGGAACAGCAUCAGCUCUGAUAGGGCUUCUGUAUCCAUGUAUAGACAGGCGUCUGGGGGAGCCCCAUAAGUUAAAGCGCGAGUGGUCCAGUGUGAUGCGCUGUGUGGCUGUAUUUGUUGGCAUCAACCAUGCCAGUGCUAAGGUAGACUUUGCGAAUAACGUGCAGCUUUCUCUGACCCUGGCCGCAUUGUCAGUGGGGUUGUGGUGGACAUUCGAUCGGUCUCGCAGUGGCUUUGGCCUAGGAGUUGCUAUUGCGCUGCUCGCAACCCUUGCUACACAACUACUGGUCUACAACGGAGUGUUUCAGUAUACCUCUCCUGACUUCCUGUACAUCCGCUCUUGGCUGCCCUGCAUUUUCUUUGCCGGUGUGAUAACCAUGGGCAAUAUAGGACGACAGCUUGCUCUUUAUGAGUGUAAAGUUGUUCAAGAAAAGACUCAUCAGGACUAAGAGCUUCACGACCAGGAACAGGGUGCAAAAAUGAGGAAACUUGCACAAACUUUUUCAGUGGUAGAAUGAUUUAAGCAUGUGCACUCUUACAGAAGAUAGAGGAGGAGAUGUUGUCUGUGAUUUUAAGGUGGGGCAGCAUGGGGAUUGGUGCUUACUCAUUGGCUGCCAGUACAUUUGCACCCACCCUCUUCAGAACUGAAGAAAGCUGAAGCUCAACACAACUAAAACCUUUCUGCCCUCUGGCUUCAGCCUUUUAGAGUGUGUGAAACGGCAUUAAACUGUCCACAGCAGCACCGUUGAAACUCUGGGCUGUGAUGUGCCAAACUGACUCAGACUGAUCCAGCUGUACUUACAGGAAUAUUCACACUUCACGUCCUUGUGGUUUAUAUCCCUACUCUUAUUUGCCGCUGUGGUCAUUCUCUUUGAAGGUGCUGUUGACCAGAGUGUGAACAUGAGCUACAGGCAGAACAUGCGCAGUUAAGAUUACAGAGUGAAAACUAAAUAGAAAUAGAAACCCUAGAGUGGACAUAUACAUUAAGGUGUAUAUAAGGAAGAGGUAAACAUUUAGAGCUUUAGUCCCAGGGAUGUCCAUUCCAGGAAUUUAUUUCUGUGUUCUGCAAGCGAAACGUACAUUUACAGUACAAUUAACAAUGUUUACAUGUUCAGUAUGUUUCUGAAUAAUUGACCCGCAGAUAUUUCACACUCACUAAAACAUGCGACAUGACAGGAUCCUGUGUGUGUGAAAAUGCAAGAGCACAGUCAGUGUUAAACCAGGUGUGUAUUAACCUAUAAAACACUAUUGCCCCUGAACCAGCUUUUCCUCAUAGCUCCGUUAGGAACCAUACGACCAGUUCUGUUUCCCCACAUACCAUCAUACAAUACUGUGCAAAAGUCAGAGACCUUUAAAUGCAAAUAUGUACAUUUAAGAAGGGAUAAAAGCAGAGAACAAGGACUUAACACCUAAAUAUUUAUAUUUUUAAUUUAUUUUCCUUUGACUUUCCCCUUUCCCCUUUUGACUUUCUUAUGCAAAUGGCUUAUCUCAUAUUUAAUCUCUCAGAAAUAUUCCUGAAAAAUGUGUACUUAAUGGCUGUUUUGACAGGAAAUUACAUAAAUCAAGAGAGGUCUCUGACUUUGCACAGUACUGUACCUUAUACAAUGGUAUGAUAGCGCUGGUGAGCGAAGAAAAAUGAACACUGAUUUUGCUUAAAUUUAAUUCCACUGACAUUUGCCACAGCCUUAAGAUUACAGGUAUCUUUAUGAAAGAUGUUUGACUAAUUCAGUGCUUUUAAAGGGACCCAUCAGAGCAUGUGGUACUGAAACACAUUUAUGCUCCUUACUAACCCUGAAACUGAUGAAGUCAGUGUUCAGAGGUUAUUUAUUUGAGGGUGCUCUGGUUUGCAAUUAUGAAAAGGAAGGGAUAUUGUUUGUUGUAUGAUCUUGCUUCUUUUUAAUUUCACCAAGGGGGAAAAAAAAGGAAAAAAAGAGUGGAUUACCUAAUGAGGGGAGACUUUAUUUUGCAAGUGUUAUGCUAUGAAAAAAAAAAAAAAACAGUAUGUUAUGAUACCAUUACAGAUUUAAGAAAAAUGAUUUUACAAUAAAUGCCUGCUAUAAAGAUGGAGUUGCUGUAUUGAAAACCUCUGUACUUUUCUUUUUCAUCCCAUUUUUGACAUAGUUACCAGUGGACAUUAGAAUUGGUUCAGUCACUGAUCAACUACAGUCUUGGACUAAAUUACUUUGUUAAUGGUGGCUGUUAAGUGCAGCAGUCUGUACGUGGAAAACUGGACCAAUGUUCUAUAAAACAUGCAGCAUAAAGAGUUGUAUAGCUUCAGGUUAUGGUUUAAAAAAAGUGAAACCUGGAGUUGCAGGGUUUUUUAUUGAUUCUUGUCUGCAUUUCAACAUUUGACUGGAAAAAUUACCAGCUCUGUUAUUAAAUAAAAAGAUUUUUUUGGA